AUGUCUCAAUAUCCUCCCUACCCGGGACCAUAUAAUGGCUACGGCCAGUAUCAAGGCCAGCCGCCUCCCCAACCGCCCCCUCAACCGCCAUACGGAUAUCAGCAUCCUCCUCCAAACUAUCCCGUCCCUCCUCCCAUCACAGGUCCUCCUCCAUACAACGCCGUGCCAGUGUACCAACCCCAGGGCCAGCCUGGAUUCGGUAUGGAUACCAAUCGCAAUAUGUCCCAGGGCGCGUUUGACUACAACUCAAUGCAAAUUCCGGGUCUGGGGUUUGGUGGCCCACCUGCCACGAGCACGCCUUUUGGCGUCCCGCCUAUUCCCAGUCCUUGGGGUCAACCACCGCCUUCUUUCCAGAACCAUCAGCCACCGCCCAUGAUGCCUCAGCAAGCCCCGCAACCUCCUGCGCCUCGUCCCUUUGGCGGGUACUCUGGUCCAAGCCAACCUGCUGCUGGUGGUCCUUCAUCGAACGCUCCUGGAAACCGUCCCGCCAAUCUCCCGCCAAAUCUUCCCCCCAAGCCGCCUGCUCGCGUUACGAAACCGAUCGAGAUAGAGGAAGGGGAGUUGAGUGAGGGUCAGUUCGAGGACCUAUAUGAGCCCGCUCCUCCCAUCACCGUCAACACCAACGUAAAAAAGGCAUCAAAGCCCGUCCCCGUUCCUGUCGAGAGCCAGCCCACGAGCGCAGUCGAUACUCCGGAUGCCAACUUCUACGGAAACGAUGAGGACGAGGGAGAAAUACCGGCAAAGGAUAGCCAGGGUGGUGUGCCUGUCUCGGCACGUGAAAGAUCUGGUUCUUACUCGCCCUUCCUUUCGCCAAGGGAGCUCUAUUCUGGAAACCCGACCCCGCAGAAUGGCGAUAGGAGCAUCCAAGCACCACAAGCUGUCCCCGACCGAACAAAAGCAACCGGUAAUGCUAAUGGACGAGCGCCUCUUUUUCCCGGCCUUCAAUUUGCCUCAUCCUCUUCCUUCGGUAACGCUACGACACCCAAAAAGGCCGAACAAGCGACACCUGCAACCCAAAAUACUCCAGGCAGCUCGUCUGCGCCGAAAACGUUACAAACUGUUCAAAAGGAAGCUCAGCUUGCCAUCUUGCGUCUGCUCCCCUUAGGUGUGAAAUAUCAGAAUUAUAUAGAAGAGGGUAUUGACGAGAAGGUGGUCAAGAAACUCUACAACAACCUUCAUCUCGAUAUACCGAAGCCGGCAUCGGAGACUACGACGACAACUACCUCCACGCAAAAGGCUGCCCCAGGAAAGGUGUCUAGCCCCGUACCCACCUCGCCGCAGACCACAAAGGUACAACAGCAGCAACCGGCGCCUGUUGUUUCUGAUGCGGCUUCCGCAACUGAGCAACCAAGCAAAGAAGAAAGUCGCAAAGACCGUAUUGCGCGGUUAAUGGCCGCAAAGGCCGAGAAGGCUACAAAGUCUUCGGUUGUCCCUGGUCCGAAAGCUCCCUCUGUGCCCGCAACAAAAAUGGCACCUGCUCCUGUCGUGAUGGCACAACCGAGCCCCGUGUUUGCCGAAGCAAAGGGAGCGCCAGCGGCAGCGCAAGAAAAGCCGGCUGGCGACACGGCCGCGCCCAAACCAAAACUGGGGCCCAAAGAGCUUUUGUUACAGCUAAAGAUUGCAGCACUGCAAAAGUCUCGCGAAGCGCAGAAGCAGGAGCAGGCAAAUAUCAAACCACAGGCGGCAACCACGGGUCUUGCUGACAAGGCUACAAGCUCUCCCAUUCCUAACUCUGCGGCUUCAGCCGGAUUGAAAAAUGGCAUAUCGCAACCUCAAGCUCCGGCCAAUGUGCCAGUGGCGGUGUCGACUAUUCCCGGCCUUCACUUCUCUGGAACCCCGAAUGUCCAACCUGCACUACCUGCGAACCCACGGAAAAGGCCAGUGGCUGCUGAUUUUGUCGAGUAUUCCUCAGCAGCAACCAGUCUUCCUAAAAGACCUUUCGGUCAAAUCCGGAAGGAGACCUCUGUAGUCAUUGAUGUGACUGACGGCUCGGACGACGAGGAUAUGGACAUUGAUAUGGACAUGGAAUCUCCUACUGAAGUCCCACAGCCAACACAAUCAGUCAACGGAAACUUCCAGCGUGGAGCACCGUUGCGUGAUUUCCCACCCUUGACAGACACCUUGCCGCCGCGUCAGUUCUCAAGUCCUCUCCCUGGUGCGCAGGCAUCGAACCCACCUGCAACAGCGCAGAAUAUCCGAAGACGAGAGACGGAACUUGACGUGAAAGAACGGAUGAUUCAGGAAAUGCGCAGGAAAAUUGCCGAGGCCGAGGCCAAGAGGAAGGCCAAGAAACACUCCGCGGGUUCGCAAACGCCUACGCAUCCUGGGCAAACCCCAGAGUUGAAGGAUGAUAGUGGGUUUAGACUGCCUACUACUCGGCAGUCCGUUUCGACAAGCAUUGCGGGUCCGUCUUCCAUCACAACCCCCGUACGGCCCGCUUCGGCAGCGCCUGUUCUUAGCUCGCCAAGUCUUCCGGAACCAUCAAAGCCGAGUCCAGCUGCAAAGGCGGCACUGGAAGCCAAGAUGAAUAGGUUGAGGCAGUUGCGGGAGGAACAAGCUCUCUUGGAAGCUGAGAUCAAUGGGUUGUCUGAGGAACCCGAGCAAACCGACACCAACACUGUGGAAGUUCGCGCCCAGUCGAACGGUUCAGAUAAGGACACUACUUCCGGCUCUGUCCAUCCUACUAUCGAAUCCCAAAACGAUUCAGAUCCCUCCGAUUCUCAGGCCGUUUCGGGGCCUUCGGAGUCUUUGGAUGAAAGCAGCACCAUCAUUCGUGCGGAAGAUAAGCCUUCAGAGUUGUCUUCCAUCUUGAUCCCGGCUUCCGAUGGCCAGGAAGCGGCGGUUUCCGGAGAGACCGCUGAACAAGAUGAUCAAACGUCCGCCAUGUCCAUUGACGAAGGCGAAGAGUUGGAGUCAGGCCAAGGCGACCACAGUAACAAUGGUCCUACUGAUGUUUCUGAGGGUAUCCCAACAUCACAGCUGGCCAACGAAGUUGGUGGCGUUGACUCUGAGGCUCAACGCGAGAACACGCCUGCAAAACUUGAUGAGACAUCGCCAAUGGAGAUCGACUCGUCUCCGUCCAGCCCGGUCUCUCUCGAGUCUUCUCCAGAUGAAAACGGCAAUGAUUCCCAGUCACCUUUACCAGAGCAAAUCUCGGUUGUUGCUCAGCCUCGUGAAGCUGUCCAGGAGCUAGAGGAUGAGCCUGCAAGAGAUGUAAACGCCGUUUCUCCUGAGGUCCCUAACCCUGUUCAGUUAACCAGAUCACAGGAGACUCACGAGACGACAGCAGCCAAGACAGGCUCGUUCAGGCCUUAUGAAAGCCCGUUGCGCUGCUUCCAUGCGUAUCGAUUUCACCCGAGCUACCGGGACACCGUUCCCGGUGGCCUCCGAUCUCUUACCUACAGUAACAGAAUAAAUCCGUCCAUACCGCUCUGCCCGUCAGAGAUUGCUGGUGAACAAUGUGACGAAACGUGCGAAUUCCAGCACAUUAAAUCUAUUGUUGCUCCUGACGAUGCCAUCCUCUUGGAGCUCGGCAAAGCCGACGAAUUCGAAGGCGAACAAAAGACGCGGUUCAUUGAUGGUCUUCGAAAGCUCCUUCAAGAAUUCCGUGCAAAGAAGGUCAGAGACUUCGACGCCAUUGCGCGCGGCAUCAUCGAGUACCGCGCUCGCUUCCUGGGGGAUAGGUCAAAGGUGCUUCCGUUGGAAGGGGUAACCCUUUGA